UUUCCCUAUAAUUUUUAAAAUAUAAAAAAAAAACAGACAUAGUAAGUAGUAGUAUGAUUUUAAUUUGGAAAUUUAAAAUUUGAAAAAAAAUAAUAAUUGGGUGUUUCCGAUAGUAGUAGUUGUAGCGGGCAAGCCGAGCCGAUUCGAUGACGCGAGCCACUCACACACUGGGGGUUCCCCCAACAACACGCGCCCCUCCCCGGCGACCGUACCGUAUUAUCCCCCACCCUUCCCACUCUUUCGCCUUGCCGUUUCUCUUUCUCUUUUUCCCUUUCACUUUCUCUCUCUUCAAACCCUAAUUUCCUUUUUCCGAUGCCGGACUUCCACGACUCCCUCUCCACCACGCCGCCGCCGCAGCCGUCCCGCCCCGUCCCCGUCCGCGAGGACUGCUGGUCCGAGGAGGCCUCCGCCACGCUCGUCGACGCCUGGGGCCGCCGCUACCUCGAGCUCAACCGCGGCAACCUCCGCCAGAAGGACUGGCAGGACGUCGCCGACGCCGUCAACGCGCUCCACGGCCACACUAAAAAGACGCACCGUACCGACGUCCAGUGCAAGAACCGCAUCGACACCAUUAAGAAGAAGUACAAGAUCGAGAAGGCUAGGGUUUCGGCCUCCAACGGUACUCUCUCUUCCUCUUGGCCUUUCUACGAGCGCUUGGACGCUCUUAUCGGCCCUAAUUUUAGCGCGAAGAAAUCCACCUCCCCGCCGUCUCCGUCGCCGCCGGUGGCUCUUCCUUUGCUGCCGCAUCGGAAGAACCAAAACCAGAACCCUUCCUCUUCUCCUGCGAUUUCGGUGCCGCCAACGGCCGUCGCGCUGCCGCAGAAGCGCUCUGCGGCAGCGGCGAUGGACGAGGGUUACUUCAGGAGGAAUUACUCCGCCGUGGCUGCCGCAGCGGCGGCGGCGGAGGCUGAUGAGGAGGAAGAUGAGGAUGAGGCGGAGGAUUUGGAGGAGGAGGAAGAAUGUGAAGAGGAAGGGAGGGGGAGCGAAGUGGAGGAAGGGGAGAAGGAGAGGGAAGGGAUGAGGAGGUUGGCGAAGGCGAUAGAGAGGUUUGGUGAAGUGUAUGAGAGAAUGGAGGCGCAGAAGCUGAGGCAGAUGGUGGAUUUGGAGAAACAGAGGAUGCAGUUUGCUAAAGAUCUUGAAGUGCAGAGGAUGGAGAUGUUUAUGGACACACAGGUUCAGCUCGAGAGAAUCAAGCGCGGGAAAAGAUCUGGCUCUAACGAUAUGUAUAGCUAGCCAAGUGGGCGAUGGUUCGUUGACGGUGCUUGAAAUGCUGUCUUGCUUUGGUGAGAAAGUACAUAUCUUCAGCUGAUAUACUGUCAUGAGGGAAUAUCUCCAAUAGAAAUUUAUUUUGGAGUAAUUUUGGAUUCUUUUAGCUAGCCUUUAAUUUGUUUUUAUUAGUCCUUAUAAAUUAAUUCAGCAACUGUACUAGGCCUAAUUCGGCUUCGAUAUAGAAUUUGCUCCAGUGUAUAACACUCUUAUGCCAAAUGUUCUCCCUUGUCCCUUUUCAAUA